AUGUCUACUGAGUCUUUAUAUGCUGCAGUAAACGAGGUUUUAAAGAAGCUUGUGGCAGAAGCGAUAGCGGCGGAGAAGUGUAUAAAGAUUGUUCACAGGACGACAAAGAAAAAGAUUGCCCCAGACAGAAUGGAAGAAAUUCUGACGAUUGCAAAAGGUGAACUGCAGGAAUCGGUGUUGAAUGCUGUCAGUCAGGUAAUCCACAAUGAUGAGGUACUUGAAGGAAUGGUCAAGCUAAAAAAUCUUAUUGAGGGAUCAUCGAAAGAAGUCACAGGAUGGCGUCCAAGCGGUAUCCCAUCGGAUGACAUUGCUGGUCAUUUGCAACCAGUUAUGUUUAACAUUGAGGAAAAUUUAAUCCGCUUGAGAUUUAGACUAGAAGCUGAAAUUGAGAAGAAACGAAAUUUUUAUAAGGAAACUGAGGACAAAGCUCAGGCAAUGAUGCGAGAAGCAGCGCUUUCUAAUAACAUCGUUCGCCCAUUACCAUAA